AAUAACCUUAUGCCAGUAAGGUAUUCUUACCCAAAUAUCAAGAAGAUGACCAAUGGUUUUAAGUAAGAGGAAUAGUAGGGUACAUGGCACCAGAGUUGAUCUAUAGAAACAUCGGAGGUGUCCCACACGAGACUGAUGUCUAUAGCUUUGGAAUGUUGUUGAUGGAAAAAGCUAGCAGGAGAAUGAAUUUAAACCCAUAUGUAAAGCAUUCGAGUCAAAUUUACUUUCCUACAUGGGUUUCUCAACAAUUGAAUAAAGGAACGGAGCUGGAAAUAAAAGAAGCCAUGGAAGAUGAAAAGAGAAUAGCAAAGAAAAUGAUCAUUGUGGCUUGGUGGUGUAUACAGGUGAAACCAAGUGACCCUCCUUCGAUGAACAAAGUGGUGGAGAUGCUUGAAGCGGAUCUUGAAAGUUUACAAAUGCCUCCUAGGCCCUUCCAAAUUUAUCCAUAUGCAACUGAAGAAGAUGAUGCUAAAAUGAAAACCAACUCCACAGAGCUUUCUAGUUAUUCGUCAUAUGAUGAUAUGAGACAGAAUCAGAAUCAGCUAGUUUGAUUAAAAAUGAAAAUUAAGCAGAACGGUUGCAGAGAAGCCUAAUUACGUAGAGUUUUCUUUAUUCAUGAGUUACACAACAACAGGAGGUAUCCAUCCUCUUUUGCAACCCACUUCUCACCCCCCCAAGAUGUCGCAAUGGCUCUAAAUUUGCAUCAUGUUUUUUGGUGUGUUAUUGGUGUUCAAAUUUGCAAUAAAUGGGUACUUUUCUU